AUAAGUGACAUGACUGCAGUCUGAGUAGUGGCAUUUGUUAAAGUAUGAAUAAAACCAAAGACGGAUUUUAGUAACAGAUCAAUCUAAGAUACAACGCUAUUUGCUAAGCUUUACCGGCCGAAGAAGGUCGUGUAUACUUAAUAUUGUAAAUAAAAGUUGAAUACAGUAUAAUGGCUGAACAAAGUACAGAUAUCAAAGUUUCUGAAGUUGAAAACAAUUAUAGUACUCCAGCUAACGAUCCUAAAAAUAUGCAAGAGAUCACGCAGUAUGUUCAAUCGCUUAUGCAAAAUAUGCAAGACAAAUUCCAAAGCAUGUCAGAUCAAAUAAUCAACAGGAUGGAUGAGAUGGGUACAAGGGUCGAUGAACUUGAGAAGAACAUCACCGAUUUGAUGACACAAGCUGGAAUUGAAAAUGAAAAGUAGUGAAUAGACAAUGCCACUUUUUAAAACAAAGAAACAACAGUUGGUAAUGCACACAUUAUUAUUUGUGAUGUCAUAAAACCUAGUUUUUUAAAUUAUUGUCCUUAAUCUAGCUGCUUUUAUUUUAUUCAGAUAUAAUAUAUGUAUUUAAUGUACUCGACAUUGAAAUUUAUAGAGUCAAGAACCACCAUAAGUAUCAAAUGAAUUACUCAUUAGAUACAUAUGGAGAUUCCAGUACGCUUAAUUUAGAUAUUUUUUCUAACACUCAUGUUAUAUAGAGUAAUGGUGCUUUCGAUUCCAUUGUUUGUAUUAGUUGAGUAAAUUUUUUAUAUCUUUAUAAAAACAAAUAACCCAAAUAUCUUUUGUAAGACCAAAAAAUAUCAUUAAAAAUGUAUGUUUGUGCUUUAAUAUUACCUAACUGAAAUAUGAUGCAAAUGUCAGGCAACAAUACUACAUUUAAAUUGAGCAUACGGCACUAUGAAGCUUAAAGGCCCAUCCACUAACUACUCACUUGUAUUUGCUGUACAUAUUAUGGAAUGUGUGCAUGCAUAGAAAUAAUAAGCAAGCAUAUAAUUCAUCAGUACAUCGCCUCUAAAUGCCUGUAACGAUCUGAGAAUGGGGAUCUAAGUGAAUAACAAAAUUGUAUUCACCAGAUUCCGGACUUGACUGUAAGGAAGUAUAAUUUUAAAUAAUGAUACAUAGCAUAAAUAAGUAAAGAGGCAUUUUUUAUUAAAUAAUGUAUUGAAAUUUGACUGCACUAUAUAAACUUUACAUAAACAUGCAACAUCUUUUUAGACUAUGGAAUUUCAAUAAAAAAAUUAUAGUGUCUGAAAGUUUGUGGAAUAGCUAAGUACUUUUAACGGUUUGUCUACAACUCUUAUGAUAUGUAAGAUUAUAGAAAGAUGUAAUUAUUAGCUAUGUAUAAGAUAUUAAUAUAGAAAAUAAUUUUAAUGGCUACCAAAUGUAAUCUUCUAAAAUUUAGAAUGUUACAGAUUCAAAAGCUGGUACAUAAUGGAAUGUUAAGUGUAUGCACAUUGCCUUAUAUUGUAUGAAUAUCGAUUAAAAAAGUAUUUAAGUGUACACACCGUAACCUUAAACAAUUUCUAUGCAGAGUCAAUAAAUAUGCAAAAGAAGCUUUGUACAAAAAAUCUAAAUUGUUUUUUUCAUUUAGUGUACAUAAAAAUGUAUGGUAACUGCAUUGUCAUAUAUGAUGAUAAGAUUUUUCUUUGUAAUUUCCUAUAAUUUAUAAUAAACUUUUUUUUGUAAUGUUA